GGGAGGCUUGGGGUUUCUUUCUAAGAUUCAGGAGAGGAUGUGAAACAAGCCUGCUGCCUAUUCCACCACUGAAGCCCUCUCUCUCCCACCUCCCUGCACUGGCUCUCCUCCAGGCCACUGACCUGCUGUUCCUCCAGAUAUACGGCCGAGGAGCUGGUUCCUUAAGUCUCUGAGAACGAGCAGCAGCAGGAGACCCACACAAGGCCUCCGUCCCCACUUCAGACCACCUAUAGGCCUUCUCCAAGACCUCCACACAGCCGCCAAGGCUCAUGGACUAACUCAAGCCUCCAAAUUCGGACUACAUACCAGGCGGUAACCCUCCUUCACGUUAUUAUUAGUAUUUUUUUAUUUAAACCUUCUUUUUUUUUAAAACCAAGAUCCUUUUUUUUUUACCUUCGACAUCACCAUCAUCAUCUUCCUCGUUUGUACCUCAUCACAUCCCAUAAUAAUAUUCGACUUCAAAAACACAGACAAGGAAGGAGCCAUGGUGUACCUGGAGAACACCAGCAACCUGGAGCUGGAGAUGACCCCCGGGGCGGGCCAGGGCCACGGGGCCCGCGGCGGCGGGGGGGCGGCGGGGGGGGACUUCGGCGAGCUGCGGCUCCUGGAGGGCUUCUCGGAGCGCCGCGAGUCCCAGAAGCUCCAGGGGAACGCCGCACCCGAGCCCGGGUCCUGCGCCAUCCACGUAGACGGCUUCGGCACCGCCCGGCAGGAAGACGGACACAGUUUCAGCGUGGUGAAUAUCCUCAAAGGGAAAUCAAACCAGGGCAACAUCACAGAGAGAUCCCCGCUGCUGAGAUUCUCUCAGGAUGAGAGUAUGACCUACAUGACCGUCCACGACCCCGACUACGCGGGGGAGGCGUGGGAGGCCAGCGGCGUGGACGUGGAGAAGCGCUUCCGCCUCGGCAGCGAGGUCAACAGCCUGUCCCUGUCGCGGUCAGCCUCCUCGGAGAAACACGACCCGCUGGACUUCAGCCUCAACCUCAAACUCAUCAGCAACGUCAAGUGCUGCUUCAAGAUCUCCAAAGUCACCUGCAUGUUCGUCAUCGUUGUGCUCUGCAGCUUGUUCUUCAGUAUGUAUCCUGACAGAGACAACCCCACAAGGAUGCUGGCCGUCUCCUCCACUGAAAGCUUCUUAAUGAACAUGACCGAUUUCCGUGACAACGCGCUGCUGAAGCUGCAGGUGGGCGGGCCCUUCACGGGACGGAUGGUGGAUCCGACCAAUCAGGAGUUCAUCCUGGUCCAGGUGGAGCAGACAGAGGAGGUGGGGCCACGCAGGAGGAGAGGCCAACAGGUGAUUCAUAACUGGACCAUACCGCUACACAGCGAACGAAAUGAGCAAGUCCUCAUGACGAAGACGUUUGAAAUGCUCAGCAGCGGGCCGGUGGUGGUGAGUGUGCAGGCUUUCCUCCAGGACAGCUCGGUCGUGCCCCUCUCCCUGACCCACCAGGCGCUCUACGUCAACGUGGAGACGCAGGUUGCCAUUGCGGCCUUCAUCCUCACCGGGGUCUACAUCCUCAUCAUCUUUGAGGUCGUCCAUCGCACUCUGGCCUCCAUGCUUGGCUCCCUGGCGGCGUUAGCUGCCCUGGCUAUCAUUGGAGAUAGGCCCAGCUUGGUGACAGUGGUGGAGUGGAUCGACUACGAAACUCUAGCCCUGCUCUUUGGAAUGAUGAUAUUGGUGGCCAUUUUCUCAGACACAGGCUUUUUUGACUACUGUGCGAUGAAGGCCUACCAGCUGUCCCGAGGAAGAGUGUGGCCCAUGAUCAUGAUCCUCUGCCUCAUCGCGGCCAUCCUCUCUGCCUUCCUGGACAACGUCACCACCAUGAUGCUGUUCACGCCCGUCACCAUAAGGUUGUGCGAGGUGCACCUGGAUCCACGACAUGUCCUGAUUGCAGAAGUCAUCUUCACCAACAUCGGAGGGGCAGCCACAGCUGUGGGAGACCCCCCCAACGUCAUCAUCGUCUCCAAUCAGGCGCUGCGCAAGGAGAUCGGCAACAAGCUGAAGCAUGAGAUCCUGGUGUGGCGGCAGACGGCCCAGCGGAUCAACCCCGCAAGCCGCGAGGAGACGGCCAUCAAGUGUCUCCUGAUGCAGAAGGUCCUGAACCUGGAGAGCGCGCUGCGUAACAUGAUGAAGACCUUCCAGAGAGAAAUAUCCCAGGAGGAUAAGAACUGGGAGCAGAACAUUAAGGAGCUUCAGAAAAAGCACAGGAUAACCGACACGGUUCUGCUGGUCAAGUGCGUCUCCGUCCUCGCAGUGGUCAUCUUCAUGUUCUUCCUCAACUCCUUCGUUCCCAGCAUCCACCUGGACCUCGGCUGGAUCGCCAUCCUGGGCGCGCUGUGGCUGCUGGUCCUGGCAGACAUCCAGGACUUUGAGAUCAUCCUGCAUCGCGUCGAGUGGGCCACGCUGCUCUUCUUCGCCGGUCUCUUCGUUUUGAUGGAGGCCUUGGCUCAGCUGCAGCUCAUCGACUACAUAGGAGUGCAGACAGCUCUUCUGAUCAAGGCCGUGCCAGAAGACCAGCGUUUGGCCAUAGCCAUCAUCCUGGUGAUGUGGAUCUCUGCCCUGGCCUCCUCGCUCAUAGACAACAUCCCCUUCACCGCCACCAUGAUUCCAGUUCUCAUCAACCUGAGUCAGGACGAGGAUGUCAACCUCCCCGUCAAACCUCUCAUCUUCGCACUUGCCAUGGGGGCCUGUCUGGGAGGAAACGGAACGCUGAUCGGUGCCUCGGCGAACGUGGUGUGUGCUGGCAUCGCAGAGCAGCACGGCUACGGGUUCUCCUUCAUGGAGUUCUUCAGGUUGGGCUUCCCCAUGAUGAUCAUGACGUGUGUGAUCGGCAUGUGCUACCUGCUUGUUACCCACAUCGGCCUGGGCUGGAACCUGUGAGCGGGCUGCACAUACACAGAGACGCUGUGGAUGCAAAUUAAUGUGUGUGUGUGUGUGUGUGUGUCUGUGUGUGUGUAGUGAUGUGUGUGUGUGUUUGUGGGGGGGGGGGGGGGGGGGGAGGAGGUGAUUCCUUCCUCAACAUCCCAUGAUGCUGGCUGGAUGUCUAACCAGUCCCGGUUUUGGUAGAAGGUUUAAACCCCGGACCCAGAAGGUUUGAUACCCAGGGCUGAUCUACAGUGAGCGAACACAUGAAGCUAGCCCAUGAUGUCGAUGGAACCUUCUAGAAGGCCCUACAACCAUGGUUCUAACGCGCUCACUAGACAACUGACAGAUGUACAGUAUGUAAGAAGAAUAUUAACAUCUCCUGAUGAUCCCACCAACAGAAGUAACUCAUGGUCUCAACUCGACUAAACCUUCUAUAGUCAAUCUUAAGAUGAAACAUGUAAUUUAACUGUAUUCAUGUUAAAGCCAAGGGAAGAGUUUGACGCGUCAAGCUAAAUGGCUACAUUUUGUUCUGUGUGGUGCUAUAUGUCCCGUAUGGGCAUGUGUACAGACAAUUUAUAUCUUUAAAGAUUAUACAAUUGGCUACAUUCCUCACAGUGCAAAUGGUGUUUCUCUGGUCGUUUCAUCAGUAUGACUUUGAUCUGCCCCCAAAGAUAACCAUGUGCUUAUUUGUACAGAAAGUAUACUGUAAUACCCAAUAAAAGGGAUUUUAUAGUGACAAUGGUCUCAUUAAGAUUUAUGAGCUAUGGCCAAAUAUUAACGCCCUGUAUCCUGUUAAACUGAAUAAUCCUGCACACUUUAAAACAAUUCAAGUGCCAACGUUAGAGCAUUAACCUAGUUUAGUGAUGUAGAUUGAUGCUAACACGUUCUCAGUAGUGGGGGAAUUAUAAUGGAUCCCUUGAAUCAAAUCACUUCACGUUUCAUCAGUAUAAAGGAGUUUCUCUAGCACUUUGAGGAGAGGCCCUUCACGCUGCCCAUCUAACUGUAUAGUAUCUCCAACCAUUGCAAACUUUGUAACUUUGAUACUGAUCGAAAAUAAAGAUGUCAACAUGUUGGCUUCUCAUGGAUCUUCCUUAA